GCUACAUCCUGAUGCAGUCAGCUGACUGAGCCAAACAGCAGCGUUGUCUGUGCCACAGGAAACACCAUAUUCAUUCAUUCUCAGCAGCAGCAGCCAUGAAGAAGACCAAAGGCAAAGCGAGCAGUGCUGCUGAGAAGGAGUUUGUGUUUGAGUUUAAGGCAGGGAGACACAACUGUGUCCUCAAAGUGCCUCUGAGGUUUCCUGUUCAGGAGAACAUCAGUGACCUCCAUGGACGCCUGAUGCUGCUACACAAAAUACCCUGCUACAUUGAAAAUGAGCUAAAAGCCUCCCUUCUCAACUUUAUUGAGAGUGAGACCAUCCUGGAUUAUGACAAAGAGGCAGAGCUGGCCCUGCAAAGACUCACAACGGGAGAUGUAGAUGUAAACCAGCUCACAAAUGCGUGGACCAGGUCUUACGUGGAGACUACGCUGGAGCACGCUCGACCCGAAGAACCCAGUUGGGAUGAGGACUUUGCUGGUGUUUACCACGAGCUCAUCCACUCCCCUGCUUCAGACACUCUUCUCAACCUGGAGCACAACUACUUUGUCAGCAUCUCUGAGCUCAUCAGUGAGAGAGACAUGGAGAUCAAGAAGCUGCAGGAGAGGCAAGCAGCUGAGAUGGACAAAGUGAUGCAUGAGCUGGGGAAUACUUUGAGCGACCAGGAUGUAAAUACAGUUGCCUCUCAACACUUUGAUGCUCAGCAGGUGUUGGAGAACAAGUGGGCCAGUGAGCUGAAGCAAGUGACCGGUAUUCAAAAGCACGAGUAUCAGGAGUGGGUCAUCAAACUACACCAGGACCUGCAGAAAUCCACCAACAGCAGCCAAAUUAAUGAGGAGAUUAAGGUGCAGCCCAGCCAGCUGUCGGAGCUGGCAGAUUCUGGAGCCAGGAUGUUUGAGGAGCAGCCUCAGCUGGAGGAGAGUUUCACCAUACACUUAGGAGCACAGCUGAAGACGAUGCACAACCUGCGGCUGGUCCGGGCAGACGUGCUGGACUUCUGUAAGCACCGGCGGCACGGCAGCGGUGGAGCAAAACUAAGGCGGUUGCAGACUGCACUUUCACUCUACUCGUCCUCGCUCUGUGGUCUGGUGUUGCUGGUUGACAACAGGGUCAACUCCUACAGUGGCAUCAAGAGAGACUUUGCAACUGUGGCGAAGGAGUGUACAGACUUCCACUUUCCCUGUCUGGAGGAGCAGCUGGACGAGGUGCAGCAGGUGGUGCUGUAUGCCAGAGCCCAGCGGAGCAGCAAGCAGAAAGAACAGCCUGAGAUUCCGAGGAAUGGAGGGGACGAUAAGAGCAAAAAUGUUGAAAGAAAUCCAUCUAACAUCUUACCAGGUGAGUUUUACAUCUCCCGGCACUCCAACCUGUCAGAGGUCCAUGUUGUCUUCCACCUUUGUGUGGACGACAAUGUGCGUUCAGGGAAUAUCACGGCCCGGGACCCGGCCAUAAUGGGCUUGAGAAACAUCCUGAAGGUCUGCUGCACACAUGACGUCACCACCGUCACCGUCCCUCUGCUGCUGGUCCACGACAUGUCAGAGGAGAUGACCAUACCUUGGUGUCUUAAGAGAGCCGAACUGGUAUUCAAAUGUGUCAAAGGCUUCAUGAUGGAGAUGGCCUCAUGGGAUGGCGGAAUAUCACGCACAGUCCAGUUUCUAGUGCCGAAGAGUAUCUCAGAGGAGAUGUUCUACCAGUUGAGCAACAUGCUGCCUCAGAUCUUCCGCGUCUCCUCCACCCUAACUCUCACCUCAAAGCACUGAAGGAUAGAGAUGCACCACAUCGCAUCCUCAAGGCAUUCAAACUAACAGAGCUCAUUUAUUUUAAUAAUUAUGCAAAAGUUAUAUUUCUUUGUUAUUGUUUUUUCCAGGAACUGAUUAAAGGAAAGGAGAUUUGAUGAAGUAGCACAUAGGCCCCAUUCAUUAAAAAUGGGGUCAACAUAAUGCGGUGGCAUUAAAGCACUUACAAUAGAGGUGCAAAAAGUAUUUUAAAUGAGAGGAGACAUUUGUAUGCAGUUGGUGAGCCUUGUUAUUUUUGCAUCUUCCAAAGCAACAUACAAUGUGAAUACGUCUCACUGAAAAAGGACUGGAUUCAGUGGCUCACCAAAGCAGCUGCUGCAAUUAUCAUUUCAAGCCUCCCGGGUGCGGUUCUGGUGACAGAGUUUUAUGACAUCAUGACAUCAGCCGCUGCUGCUGCAAGUAUUCCAGUUUUCCCUCAAAGCUGCGACCUGUAACUCCCCGCACGCACAUUCGAGCUACAGCUUAACGGAGGAUGUAGUGUCGCGUUUGUGAAGUUUUUUUUUAACUUGCUGGUACAGAGUGAAAAUGCCACCAACGGAGAAAAUAAUGUAAAUGUGAAAGCACUUUACUAAAGUGAUGAAGCUGGAUGGAAACAGAACGGGCAAUUAGACAUAUGUGACCUAACUGUAUUAGCAGCCAUGCUAAAUGUGACUUUUAUCGUGUUUUCACCACAUGUUAACAUAUAAAUGGAUGUACUAACAGUAUAUUGAUUAUAAAAAAAACAUCAUAGAGCUCCACUUUAAAUCAUUUUUUGUUAGUUUUGAUGGACAGCAUGAGGCCUGUGUCAACACUACAUUUCAUCUGUUGAGUGUUCACAAAUUGGUCCUAAUGUAUGAUCACUCAGUUCAGCAUUGCAUGAGAUUUAGUGGUCUAAACUGAGAGCUAAUUGGCUUCACAGUUGGGGCUGAUUUAUCCAGAGAGAAGUGACAUAAACUUGGCUCCUCUAGUCCCGAAGACAAAUGACGUUGCUGCUGAGAUGAGCAACUCACAGGUGUUUUUAUACUGCAUUGCAGUGAGUUGUAGUGAGGAUCACACUUCGUGUGAGUGUGUGUGCACGUGUGUGGUCCCUCCCCUCUACGUCUGUAACAGCAGAUGGCACUGUUCCUAAAGACAAAGAUGUGAAAAGAGUGACUACACAGGCACUUACACACCUUUUUUUUAGUAGAAGAGAUAAAGUUUAAACAAGCUGCCCAUUGAAAUUCAUCUCAAAUGGUAAUGUGUCUUCAGUGGUAAAUGUUUGUCAAAUGUGUCGAACACUUGAACCUAAUCAGAUGUAUAUUUACUGUAUAUGUUUACAUUUUUAUGUUUUAAUAAAAAAAAACACCUCACCACACUGAUUUGAUGGAAAUUCUUUACAUAAGCCAGCAUAAGCUCAUGACAGACUUUCACAUUUUGGCUAAUAAUGCCCCCCCGCCCCAUGCCAACAGUGAUACACUUCUAGUGGCAUUUGGUUCAGCGUUUUAUUUAGUGUUGAUGGGUUAUCCACAGGCUCAUAAUCUCUCUGAAGUUAAUAAUCCAUGUCAUUCAUUGGAAUUACAUUCCUCCUACAUCUAAUGGUGGCCUAUAAGCCAUUUCAGACAGACUGAAAUCAAUUCGGCUCGUCAGAAAGUUUGCCACAGCCACGUUCAGCGGUGGUAUUAGGAAGAUUAAAAGAGUUGAGAGUGCAGCAAUCAAAGCAAGUUGCCAUCUCCUCUUUCAAGAUAAACAAGAAGGCCAACAGCCCUGAGAGAGUUAUGAGAUUUAAUAGCUUCAUGUUGAAACCUGCAACUGUUUAUAUCACACUGCCAUGCUGAGAACCCACAAAAUUGUAAGAAUAUGGAAUUGCUGAGUGUUUGGCAUUCUCAGCAUUGGUCUCAGAGGCCUGGAGUGUUGGGUUUCCUUGGGAAGAGAGCGCAGGGUGCCGAUUCAGCUUGACAGUCCGCCUCUCCCUCCUCUCAGCACUGUACACAUGAUUCACAAACAUUCACAAACUGGACAUGAAAAGUAUUAAUCCUUUUAGAAGUUUUCCCUCAAAGAAGGCACGCUGAAUUAAACGUGGAAAACAAGACAUUUGUUAAAAUCUGUUCUGACAGUACUGAAACCCAAGGCCUUCCUCAGUCAUUGGGGAUGUCCAGUCACUCAAAGCCACAGAAACAUGACCAGAGCACAGUCAUCUACAGCAUGUCAUAGACUCAGUGGGCAAUUUGAGGGGGUAUGAGGGGGAACACCAGCCACCUUGUUAGCAAAAUGAACAAAAUGCAUCCCUCUUGUUAACCUGCCAUCCCUCUCCAGGUGUGUAGGGUUGUUGAGCGUAUAGUUAAAUACCUCGAUCAUAGGAAGGGCUGGAUGGUCUACAUACCAUAAAAGUGUUCAACACUGUGGUGGUGGCAUGCCACAUUCAUCAAAACAACGGCAUUUACGCGAUGCCUAGAUGACUACACUCACAGGCCUGCUGCAACCCCACCAGUUCAAGUCAAAUGACACAGAGGAACCAUGACUGGAUAUUUUUUAUAGCUUAAGUAAACAUGCUUUCUUUUUCAG